AUGUUUAACUUAACGACACCAAAUUUUCCACUUCCACCAAAUCACUCUCACACUCCCGCCUUAGUGGUUCUCUUCGGUGUGAUGGCAACUUGUUCAUUUCUCAUCGUGGUGGUAGCGGCAGUGUGCUACUGUCUGGACCACCGCGAGCAAACUCGUCCAUGCGUCGAGCAAUAA